UUCAUCAUUCCUCCUCACAUUCUCUUCACAGUUCUUUCUUAAUUAUUCCUUCUCUCUCUCUCUCUCUCUUUUCCCUCAAUCUCUCCAAUUUAUCCAAUCUCGAGAUCACUCUCAUAAGCCUUAGCCUUGCAGAGAUAGUUGUUUUUUUUCUUAAUACAGAUCAGUGAUAUAUAUCUUCUUCAUUCUCUUCCCUAACAAGAACUCUCAUAUCUUCCUUUUCGUAACCCUAUCUACCAUUUGGAAAACACCAAAGAAAUUAAACCUUCUCUUUUUCAUCUCUCUCACUCAAAAAGAAGUAAUUUGAGGUAUUUUUUUUCAUCAUUUUUCUCUUAUUUUGUCCUAUGAACAUUGUGAGAUUUUUCUUUAGAAUGUUAUAAGUGUCAUAUCUUCUUCCAUUGUCCCUCUCUAUAUCUCUCUCUUAACACCCAAAAAGAGAACUUGAGAGAGUGCCUUAUUCAUUAUCCUCUCUCUCUCUCUCUCUCUCUUUCCCACAUUCAGAAAAAGGAUAGACUCUCAUAUGGAUAUAUGAAGAUCUUGCUUUUCUCCAAUCUCUCUACCAUUUAAAACAACCAAAAAGAAAAAAACCAUCUCCUUCAUCUCUCUCUCCAAAAAGAAGUAAUCUUUGAGGAAAAUCUCCAAUGGGUAUGAAGAAUUUCUCUAUUUCUCUCAUUUUCUUUGCAAUCCCAUUAAUCUUUUUCCACAAAAAUAAUGGAGUUUCAUUAGCAUCAGCUGACCAAACCCUAAUCCAAAAAACAUGCACAAACACUCUUUACUACAAACUUUGCAUGUCAUCCCUUAAAUCCGACCCCGCCAGCCUCACCGCCGACACCAAAGGCCUUGCCGUCAUCAUGGCUUCCAUCGGUGCUGCUAACGCCACCGCCACCGCCAGCUACCUCUCGUCUCAGCUCCCUACAUCCUCCUCCGGUGCCGGUGCCAACAACAACAAAACAAAAUUGCUGAGACAAUGCUCCGAGAAAUACGCAUUUGCAGCUGAAGCACUUAGAGAAUCUUUGAAAGAUUUGGGUGAUGAGACUUUUGACUAUGCUUAUAUGCAUGUUUCUGCGGCGGCGGAUUAUGCCAAUGUUUGCCGUGAUGCCUUUAAAGGGUUCCCAGCGGUGAGUUAUCCGACGAAGCUUGGCCGGAGAGAAGAAGGGUUGAAGCGUAUUUGCAGAGUGGUUUUGGGGAUUUUGGAUCUUCUUGGCUGGUGAUUUUCAUCAAUCAUUAUGUUCUCUCUCUAAUCAUAUUUUUGUUUUUCUUUUUUUUUUUACUUUUACUUUUUGCUUUUACUUUUUUUUGGGUAAUAAACUUGUUUGUCUUUUUAGGUGAAACGUUGAUGAUGCUUUUCUUUAAGGGAUUUAAUGACUCCUUUAUUUGUUAAAAUAAUUUAUUUCUUCUACAGUAAGAUCUCAUGUGUUUGAAUUAGGUUUAGUAAUGACACUUUUGAUGUUGUAAACUUAUAGAGGAUUUUAUAUUUUUGUCAUUCUUUUUUUAAGUUUUGAGUUAUGAUGGAUAAUAUAUAAUAGGUCGAAUCAAAACCUCUUAUCUA